AUGGGGAGGGGGACAAACUGCAGCUUGAUAGGCCCCGAGAUCCCCCUGUCAUCCGAGUUCUUCAGAGCCAUUAAAGAUGAACUGUGGCUGUUCCUCAUCCCGGCGGGUUUGGGGCUCAUUCUACUGGCCCUGUUCCUGGAGGAGGUCGGCUUUUUCCUGCGUCACAUCUCUUCUUCCAGACGAAAACGUCUUUAUUUGUGGAUCCUGGGGAUGUACCCGGUGUUUGCCUUGACCUCCAUCAUAGCCUUGUAUGUUCCCCGGUCGUCCUCGCUGUGUAAUUUCAUUGCAUCGCUAUAUCACUCCAUCACUCUGCUGAAGUUUAUGGGGUUGAUCACCAACUUCUUCGGGGGGAAGGAGCGGAUGUUAGAAGUCUUGUCAGGGGCGCAACUUUCUCCAGAUCCCUUCCCGUGCUGCUUCUGCUGCUGCCUCCCCAUGAUUGCCAUCAACCGGACCAGUAUUGGAUGGAUGAUGGCUGCUGUGCUCCAGCUCUCUUUGGUUCGAAGCAUCCUGUUCUUCAUCACCCUGGUCCUCUGGACUGAUGAACAGUAUGACUACGGGGACGUAGAUUCGGUCAAUCCCAAUUUGUACGUGAAUGGAAUAAUAGGGGUGUCAACCUUCCUGUCCUUCUAUGGCCAUCUGCUGUUCUACAAAGCCACCAGGCAGGCGCUGAAGGGCUAUAGACUGAGGGCCAAAUUUAUCUGCAUCAUCUUGGUCUUGGUGCUUUGUGGCCUGCAGAACGGUAUUUUGGAGACCGUCGGAGCUCUGGGGGUCAUUCCCUGCACCCGACCGUUCUCUGCUCACACCAGGUCCCAGCUAAUCUACCACUACGCUGUUGUUGUGGAGAUGUUCUGCAUUGGUUUGUACGCCCGCCACACGUUUCGCAAAGUGGAGCCGAGUGUGGAGGACGGCCUUGUAUUGGAGGAGAGGUCAAAGACAGCCCGGAUGCUGGAGGUGGCGGUUCAAACGGAAGACAUUGUGACGCUGGAGCCACAUCAAAACCCCAUCAGGUCAUCAGAGGAGCCUUGGCCCGGCAGCAGCGUCCUGCUGGGCCACUUCAACCCAAGUUACAGCAGUGACGGCGAGGACUGCCUUUGCAAAAUUGAACACGCCCCCCUUGAUUGCUUCCCCUUCCCUCGUCAACCUGAAUCUCGAACCCUGGGCCGGCCCGGCACAGACGUGGACCACAAGUCUCCGGGGGAAGACUGCUUGAAUCAGACGAAGAUUACUGUCAUAGCGGAUGUUUGCUAUGACGAAUCCAAAGAUGUCACCGUCGUUUGAGUACUUCUGCCGUGAUUCAUCACAGGACAGAAUACCGCUUAAACUGAUGCGUUUGGUUGUAAUGGACGAAUAGCACAAGAGAUCCCAGUCUACACUGUCAUUUCAGACAUGUUUCUAAAUCAGAAAAACUUUGAUUUCAUAUAUAUAUAUACACUACCGUUCAAAAGUUUGGGAUCACAUUGAAAUGUCCAUAUUUUUGAAGGAAAAGCACUGUACUUUUCAAUGAAGAUAACUUUAAACUAGUCUUAACUUUAAAGAAAUACACUCUAUACAUUGCUAAUGUGGUAAAUGACUAUUCUAGCUGCAAAUGUCUGGUUUUUGGUGCAAUAUCUACAUAGGUGUAUAGAGGCCCAUUUCAAGCAACUAUCACUCCAG